AUGUGUGCACAGAAGAAAAAGUCAACACAGGGCCAAGAAAAUGAGUCAGAGAGACACAUUCUCUGCCCGCACUGCUUGUUCAACACAUACCUCACUUGGACCCAACAUUUGCUAACAUUUAACUUGCCUAGUGAACUGUAUCAUCAUAUCUUUGGUCAUGGACAUUCCACCAAUCAACAAUUUAUUGUGACGCAUAGCUUCAAGUGUCGCAUACCACAAUGUGCUCAUCAUGGUGACCAGCUUCCUUUAGCAGAGUACUUUUCUCAUUUACACAACGACCACAGUUUUGAUCUGCUUGUGGUCCAUGACAACAAUCCUGACAACAUUCCUCUUCAACUCUCCUCACCCAUCAUGUGGCAUGAUGUUGCAGCACUCCAGCAUGCUAAGAGUAUGAAGAAUAUACCCAAUGUGUGCUUGAACAGCAUGCAGCACAGAUCUCGUGAGCUCAAGGGCCUCGUCAAGAAGUAUGGUCACUUGGACAAAGGCAAGGGUAAAGCAGUGAAAAAGGAUUUCUUGGACAAGGAUAAGGUUGAACUACUGGACCCAGAUAGAAGAAUGGCCAUAGCUUGUACUGUAUUGUAA